CUUUUGGUUAUUAUGGUCAUGGUUGUCGCAAAAGGUGUAUAUGCAGCAGAGAUACACAUUACUGUGACGCCAAUGAAGGAUGUAUUAAAAGAUAUUUUAGCCAAACACAUAACCAGGAAGAUGGAUACAUUGAUACAUGUGAAAACAAUAACGCGUUUGGAAUGCACCAAUUAGUUCUAAUAGCAGCCGGAUCCAUAGGCGUGACAUCAGCUAUUUGGAUUAUUUUGGGUUUCUUGUGUAAACGGUAUAUAUGUCGAGACGCUAAUGGCAAGGGAAACAGGAACGCUGAAGAACACGGGCAUACUGGUUAUAGUUUCAUGGAACUAUUGUAUAUUGAGCCAGAUAAUCAACUUCCUACAACGUCCACGGACUUCCGUCGAAUGGAGAGAAACACUCGGCCAUCAACAAAGUCACAACAAAUCUCAAGAAGAAAGCUUCGAAGGUCUCAGUCACUUUUGGAUGGAAAUAGCCGAUGCGACAGAUACUCAGACGAUUACAAUCAUUUAGAUUUUCAUAAAAAGUUCAAGUCACCCCAAAGGCUUAAUACCAAUGAAAACUACAGCAAGUUAGAUAUAAUGGCACCACAUCGAUGCGCAAAUACCAACCAUGAGGACUUUGAAGAAGAAAGUAGCUAUGUUUCCCUUGUUCUAGAGGACACACUGUUAGUUUCAGGUUCAAACUCAAUACAAAUAGGACAAGGAAAAAUGGAUAAACAAAGGGAGCUUGACUGUAUUAAAACUGAAAAUGAAAGCAUAAGUAAUGAAGAUCAAAGUAAUGCAGACCUACCAACAUACACCAAUAUAGAUGAAACUUGCUCUGACACUAGUAAUAGUAAGAUUGACAUACAAAGGGAGUCACUUGAUUCUGCAUAUUGUAACUUGGAGUUGAAUGAAAAAGAUUAG